CACCAUGCAAAUACAGAAACCACUUCCCGACUUUUGCUUUUGUCUGGCCUUGCAGUUUGCUCAGGGCCCCCUCUGAGGAGCUGGUAUGGAGAAGACAGAGAGAAACCUCCUGCUGGAGGCCCUGGAUGAUCUUGGGGAGGACAAUUUCAAGAGAUUCAAGAACAAGCUGCGAGCAGCCCCGCUGGAGGAGAGGUACAAAGCCAUCUCCUGGCUCCAGCUGGAGAAAGGGGACCCUGUGGAUGUUAGCAACCUGCUGAUCAGUCACUAUGGGGAGCGCUACGGGGUGGAGGUUACUGUGCAGGUGCUAGGAGACAUCAACCAGAGAGACCUGGCAGAGAGGCUCAGCAGAGCUGAUCUUUUAAGACGGAAGCAGAACUCAGACACUCCAGAAGCGCCAGAGCUGGGGGAAGAAGUUGAUUUUCAUCCAGAGCAGGAAUCAGAGACUCGGGGACCCCCAGAACCAGAGGAAAGAGACAUUUCCCAAGCUUCUGGCAGUCAGCCAGAGAGUACGGGGUGA